AUGGUCGGAAUGUUCUGUCAAUCGGAAACAAUCUGGUCUAAUGAUGACGAAGAAGAGGUGGCGCAAACAGCCUUUUCACACAGCCAGAUCUGGCGAGAAGCUAAGAUCUCGCUGGUCUCUUCCACGAGGCAGUCCAGCCUCGACUACAAGGUACGUCAGGUCCCUCCGUCCUGGCUUCUUCGUUGCCUACAUCGUGAUUAUUUCAUAGAGCUCGAAAAUUUAUUUGUUCUGGGCGUCUUACUCGGCCCAAUUUUCAUAUUGGCGCCAAAACUUUAG